AAGAUAUUCACGAAACUCGUGCUAGUUGAAAUCGUUCACGUGUCGCUGUCACUGCGAUAAUCGCGCUCGCUACCCCCAAGUACCGCAGUGUAAGGUAAAGAUGCAACAGACCUAUUGUAUUCUCUGACAUACCAUCCCUUAUGCAGUUAAGUGGAUGUAGAAUCUGUGAAGAGUCGCCGUUGCAUUAUGCCGAGUUAAGAGUUCACAUCUUGUGUCUUCAGUAGUUUCUACGAUCAUGGUGUAGACAAAGAGUUAUUAAGGCGAUAAAAUGCCUGCCAUUCUAGUUAAUAAUGGGACAGCACUUUGCUAGUCUCAGAGAGUUCUUUAGAAUGGAUGGUGAGAGACAGCCUACUGAGAUAUGCGCUAACGCGCUCAGCCAACCAUUGCCUUUGGACAUGGUGAAUCGAGAUGGCACUGAGAGUUUGCCCGAGAAUGAAACCAAUGGCAAUGUACCUGUAAUGAACUCUAAUAUACUGCCGAACAGACCAGAAUGUAAAUCAGAGGGAAAUUUGGACAACGAUCGUUUAAACUUAGAUGUAGAUAACCAUAAUUCUAGAUUCGAAACUUUGUAUAGUCAACCCGUUGAAACUCAGGAUGCGAAACAAGUUUGUAAUAAUGGCAAUGUUACUAGCGAGCCAUCGUUUAGGCAGCAACAGGACGCGUGCUGCAGUAGUCCUGGUGGUAGCAAUAGUAGUAGCAGUUCCGAAGAUAGUCCUGUAAAUCCACCUUUGAGAAGAUCCUCUAAAACUUUAUCAUUUGGAAAGAGAAAAAAUAAACAGCGCAACAAAGAUCAAAGCCCAGUGUGUAAUCACGUCUUAUCGUCGAAGAAGAAACGUAGCAACUGGGUGUUGAAAUUUAAUUGCGCCAAGAGCAAAAGCUCUAAAAACACGGACAUUAUUCCCGGCCAAGGGAAUAGUAAUUCAGAUUGCGUAUGCACCGGUUACAGGAGAACUGAGGAGCAUCCUAUGGGUGCAGGUAUCGUGUUUAAUAGUCGAUCCGCACCGCAGAGUCCCGUUCUCGGACCUCUGCCACCUAGCCCUGUAAUUGAUUUAUCGCGAUUUAACCCCGAGGAAUUUCCUAUGGAGGAUUGCGACGAACGUGCGCGAAUGCAGCGCGCUCGAGAGAUGGAGGAGGGUGUCGAGCCUCCACCUGGUUAUAGGCCUAAUUAUCCUACGGGAAUACAAGUUCAUCCUAAUGGAAUAACAGUGGACAGUUUGGCGGCAUUGUUCCAAGCACAUGCCGGUAUUCAAGCUGCCGCGCUUACAGCCUUAUCGCAGAUUGACUUUACGUUAAUUCCAAAUAUCGAAAGACCCGCGCACACUCAGAUUGAUUAUGUUCACUGUCUCGUGCCGGACUUAAGGUCGAUUACGGCCUGCUCUUUUUAUUGGGGAAAGAUGGAUCGUUACGAGGCAGAGCGCUUGUUAGAGGGCAAGCAGGAAGGUACAUUUUUGCUACGAGACUCCGCGCAGGAGGAGUUUUUGUUUUCCGUGAGCUUCCGCAAGUAUGGGCGCUCGUUGCACGCGCGGAUCGAGCAGUGGAAUCACAAAUUUAGCUUUGAUUCGCACGACCCAGGAGUCUACGCUUCCGAAACAGUAUGCGGCUUGAUCGAGCACUAUAAAGAUCCCUCGUGUUGCAUGUUUUUCGAGCCCAUGCUCACUAUUCCGUUGCACCGAAAUUUCACGUUUCCGCUGCAACACCUGUGCAGAGCGGUGAUAACCACGCGGACAACGUACGAUGGCAUAAACAAGCUGCAAUUGCCAAAGACACUUAAGAGCUAUCUCAAGGAGUACCAUUAUAAGCAGAGAGUACGAGUCAGGCAGUUAGACAUGGAUAACGAUCCACAGACGGACUGCAGAUCCAUAUCAUGUUUACCGAUAUGAGUCUUCGUAUUGAUAUUCGAUAGAGUUUUAUUAUAUGUUGCAUAAUUAUGUUUCUUUAUCCGUAUUUACAGUUGUGCCGUCCUAUCAAACGGCAAGCGGUACAGACAGCGUUCUAAUAUCAGGAAUACCAUGACUCCGACAUACAGUUACACAGAAACAUCAUUGCAAUAUUAGCAAUAAAAGCAUUGUAUUCAUCUUAAGCGAUAAUAGAUUCUCGGGGAAAAAAAGGCGUAAUUAUAAUUUAAAAAGCAAAAAGAGGGAAAAAAUGGAUGGAACUUGUGCGAAUUUGUGCGCGACAGGUGCCUAUGUUUAACUCGGGGGAAAUCCCGUAUGUAAAUACAUCAGGACAGCAGUGCUUCGUACACACACGCACGGUAUUGAAAGACAUCGUUUAUUGUAUUAUGUAAACCUCAAUAUCAUUGCUACUGUUCUAUUAUUACUAUUCUUACUUCUCUAUUUUAUUCCUAACUACGUUAUCUUUUAACCGUUAUUCAGAAUAUGUUUAAUUUAACGUUAAUUAAAGUUAUGGGAACAGCCUGUAUAUUGAUAAUUUUUAUAGAAUGAUACCAAAUUAUGCCUCGAGGAUGGCAAUUUAGUGCUUAUUGUAAAAUUACGUCUUCAAGUUUAACCUCUAUACGUAAACUAAAGUUACAAAAUCAUUGCAAGAUCUGGGUCGUAUUACUCCUAUUGUGCCUAUUUAUAACGUUAAAUAUUAUUAGAUAAAAGCUGUCUGUGUUGAUGUUCAUCAUUGCCAGAUACAGAAAAUCUAUAAUUUAUGUAAAUUAUUUAAAUUUUGAAACGUGGGGAAGAUAUCAGCUGCAAUGAAUUUGGAGUAACGAUACAAAUCAUUGAAUUGAUAAAUUUGCAAAGUAUAUAGUAUUUAGUAUGAAAUUGUUAAAAGUAUUGGUUAAUGGUUACUCAUAUACUUCGUAUUAAAAAAAAAAAAAUAAAUUGAAUAUUUAUUAU